AUGGAGUGCGGCCUUUACACAGGUCUGGUACUGGUCCCACACCUCCUGGCACUCGUUUUGGUUGCUUUUGCCCUUGAGGAACUUCUCACUGUACCACUCGUUGAAGCAUUUGUCGUAUUUUUGCUUCAUUUCCGUGCAUUCUGGGGCAAAACUCGCAGACAUGGUAUUCCCCAUGUGAUUACAAAAUCAAAGAGUUUUAUACGCCGGUUGAAAAAUCACCAUCUCACCAUGCUGCAGAUUUUUGCGAAAGCUGGGGGUCUCCUGCAAGCCGUUCGCGGUAUGAAAACACAUUCUGGCGCUGCCAAGCGCUGGUGGAAGAACGGGCAAGGUGAAUUUGUCCGCAAACAAGCCGGCCGCCGGCACGGAAACGUUGGCUGGUCGCGUGGCCGUAUUCUGCGCCAUUUGAACGGCACAGUCACUGCCGCCAACACGCAGCGCCACAAAAAGCUCGGGAAGCUGCUCCCACACAUGUAA